CCAAAGCAAUUGUGUAACAGACAAUUCGGUCCGGGCAUAUAUCUGGGUGAAAGGUCCACAUUGGAUGACACGACGGUGGCUGUCAAGAAAUAUACCUUUCAUUUGAACCGAUAGUGGUGACACAGGGUUAACCUGUUAGGUAGAUAGUUAUUUUCCCAACUUGUUACGGAUCGUAACAACGCAACAUUUUGCGUUUUUCUUUUCUCGUUAGCUGUCUUUUCUUGAACAGAACCAUGUCUAAACAGCAGGCGAUAAGUCCAGGGAAGAACUUCUUUGCUGGGGGCUUUGGGGGUGUCUGCUUGGUCUUCGCUGGACAUCCACUUGAUACCAUAAAAGUGCGCAUUCAGACCAUGCCUGUGCCCGGCCCUGGCGAGAGCCCCCUGUAUAGAGGCACUUUUGAUUGUUUCAAACAGACCCUUGCCAAAGAGGGGUUCAAAGGCCUGUACAAAGGCAUGGCAGCCCCUAUCAUUGGAGUCACACCCAUGUUCGCUGUCUGCUUCUUCGGCUUUGGCCUGGGCAAGAAACUACAACAGAAAACCCCUGACGAUGUCCUUACGUAUCCACAGCUGUUUGCUGCCGGCAUGCUGUCAGGCGUGUUCACCACAGCCAUCAUGGCCCCUGGAGAACGUAUCAAGUGUCUCCUACAGAUCCAGGCGGCCAAAGGGGAGGUGAAGUAUGCUGGGCCCAUGGACUGUGUGAAGCAGCUGUACAAAGAGAGUGGGAUCAGGGGAAUCUACAGAGGCACUGCUCUCACCCUCAUGAGAGACGUGCCAGCCAGUGGGAUGUAUUUCAUGACCUAUGAGUGGUUGAAGCGCCUCCUCACACCAGAGGGCAAGAGCCCCAAUGAGCUGAGUGUUCCUAGUGUUCUAUUCGCUGGAGGGAUGGCAGGAAUCUUUAACUGGGCCGUGGCCAUUCCCCCUGAUGUACUCAAGUCUCGCUUCCAGACAGCCCCUGAAGGGAAGUACCCUAAUGGUUUCCGGGAUGUUCUACGAGAGCUACUGAGGGAGGAGGGCGUGGCCUCUCUGUACAAAGGCUUCACCGCUGUCAUGCUCAGAGCUUUCCCUGCCAAUGCAGCUUGUUUCCUUGGGUUUGAAAUGGCCAUGAAGUUCCUGAACUGGGCAGCACCCGGUCUGUGAUCCCUGUCCAAGCCCCAGGCGUAGACGUCAGAGACAGAACUCACUAACACAGUGGAGACCGACAGUACUCACAUACAUACACUUACGCAGAGGUACACAUUGAACGUCUGACUGGCAUACGGACUGAGAAAGACGCACACAUUGUAGAGGUGGACAGAGGGGGGGAACGCACACAUUGUUCUCACUCCUUGGUGUUUUACUUGCAUUUGUUUAGUUUUUUGUGUGUUUUUAAUUAGAACAUUUGUGAAUUGAACAUGUGCCUUUACUUACUCAGUGAGUCUGCAUAUCAGGGAAUAGGUACAUUUUCACAGGGUGCGUAUAAUGUGUGUUAGUAUGCCGUGUGUGUGCGUGUGUCUCUCUGUUGUGUGUCUCUGCGUGUGUGUUUAAACACAAAACAUAUGGCUUUUAAAACAUACCAGUACAUUAAAACAUCCCUGAAUAGUCUCAUUCCAAACUGUGAUCCAGUAACCAAAUCACUGAGUUGGAAAUUGAUAGUAGAUUUAUUAAUGAAUUAAUGAAUAAUACUUUUCUCCAAGGUUGUUGCAGAUGUAACUUAUGCCACAACAUGGAGAACCAUCAUUGGGCCAUUGUCUCAUGUUUGUAUGUGUCAUUAUGUAUGUAAAUAAAUAAAUAAAUACAAUGAAAUCAU